UAAUUUCUGGAAAGGGGAAAAAGGUGGACAAUAUGUGCUAUUGGUUGUCGUUCUUUCCGACUUGACGGAUACUAAUAUGGGUGUUAAGUGAAUGAGCUUUAGAUUAUUAGAAUAUUUGUUCGCUGGAUAUUACACUAUAUUUCCAACAGCUGAUGAUAUAGUCGGCAAUUUAAUACAUUUGGAUUACUAUUUUGAGUGUUUUGUUGUGUUGUCUGUUUCAUUAAAUAUUGAGGAAAUAUUGCUGUCACAGAUACUAGAGUAGAUCUAGACUAAAAAAUACUGUUACAGUGAGAAUACAAUACACUGACCGAGACUGAGAAUGAGAUUAGUGAUUAGUGAGAUUCAGAUUGUGAUUGUCACUUGUGACAACUUAUUGUGAGAAUACUGAAUAGAGUUAGAUUUACUUCAGUCAUUUCUAGAGUAGUUUACUCCUAGAUCUAGAUCUAAUUUUGUAUUUUACUAGCCUAGCCUGUGUUUAAAUAUUUAUAUAAUUCGGACCCCUGGGCCUGAGCUGUGGAUCGUAUUCUUAACUAAGAACGCAACCCUUUCCUUUGCAGUAAUGAUUCUUGGGAAAUAGGAGCAUUUGAAAGAAUUUGUUCUAACACAUAGAAUAAGGUCAGAGCCUGGGAUGUACCAGAAGGCUAUGUUGGUGUCCAGUGUAGACAUUAGGUCAUGAGUGACCCCAGGCCGCCCAAGUCGCCUCGCAAGGGGAAGUACGUCAACAUCCGGAUUGGUUUUCUCAACGACACAGUCCAUGUCUUUCAGGUUCCGGUGAAAGGUGUCGGCUCGCUGCUAUGGGACGCAGUGGUCAACCAUCUUCAGCUGUUGGAAGCAGACUACUUUGACCUGGAGUACACCAACCAGAACGGAGAUGACUGCUGGUUAGAUAAAGAUAAGCUGGUACUCAAGCAGAUCGGGUCCCCAGACACUCCACUUCGUUUCUGUGUCAAGUUCUACACACCUGAUCCAGGGCUGCUAGAGGAUGAGCUUACCAGAUACCUCUUUGCACUACAAGUCCGCAAGGAUUUACUACGAGGGGAGCUACGCUGUAGUGAAAACACAGCCGCGUUGCUGGCCUCGUAUAUCGUCCAGGCUGAGAUUGGAGACUUCGAUCUGGAGGAGUGCCCUGAUCCCACCUACCUAGCUGUGUUCAAAUUUGUGCCCGAGCAUCUACAAAGCCACCAGUUUAUGGCCAAGGUCAUGGACUAUCACAAGCAACAUAUAGGUGAGUCUCCAUCUGAAGCAGAUCUAAAUCUGUUGGACACUGCUAGGAAGGUGGAAUUGUAUGGGAUUAAAAUGCAGACUGCCAAGGACCACGAGGGUGUAUGUCUUAACUUGGCCGUCGCCCACCUGGGUGUUCUUGUCUUCCAACAAUACACCAAAAUCAACACCUUCUCGUGGGCCAAGGUUCGCAAGCUCAGUUUCAAACGCAAGAAGUUCCUGAUCAAGCUCCACGCUGACACCUAUGAGCAUGGACUGGAUGGACUCCCCCAUACGCCGACCAAAUCUUCAAGGGGCUACUACAAGGACACUGUGGAGUUUUUCUUUGACACCAGAGACCGAUGCAAGCUGUUCUGGAAACGCUGCAUAGAGCACCACGCCUUCUUUCGAUGCCAGGUGGUGGCUAAGGUGCCGCGGAACAAGACCAGGGUGGUCAGCCGAGGGUCUUCCUUCAGGUAUUGUGGAAGGACGCAAAAACAGCUUGUUGAAUAUGUCAGGGAAAACAUUGGCAGACGUCCCCAUUUUGAAAGGUCUACAAGUGGACGCAUUUCUAGUCGUAGUACCAGUGUCACUCCAAAGAUUUCUUCCAAGCCUGGCAUGCACUCAUCCUCUGCUGACCUACACACCAGCUCAGGGUCACGCUCCAGUGGCUCUCACAUACUAGACAGCAAUCACACCCCAGGAAGUGGUAUUUUGCGGGACAGUUCUGGUACACCACACAGUGCAAUGAGGGUUGAGUCAGUAGAUGUUCACAGUGAUAGCUCCAUGUCAGGUUCCAGGUCACUUAACUCUCCGCGGUUAGAGCAUGGCCUUAGCAUCGACCAGGAUGUCAUCGAAGCUGUGAAUGCCAGGACAGAAGGUGCAAUGACAGAUGACGAGGACGACGAUGAAGACCUGAAGAGUGGCUCUUGUGUGACCCCAGGAAUAUCACACGUCUCUUCGGAAACUAAAGUAUCUGCUAUGGUACAGCAACGAUUUACUUCAAAGGAUCGUAAGUUAUCGGCACCUGUGUUUGGAGUGCUAGAAGAUGAAGAGGCUGAAGAGAGUCAUAGACUGUCUAGAACGGCAGAGAUUGAAAACAUUCCAGAAGUUGUGGAAGAAGAAACUGCCGGCCCCAUCUCCCCACGUUACAGUCAUAGCCCACCAAAGAAAUUUCAGAACAGUCGACAAUCAUCUCAGAAGUCAGAUGAUAUAGAUGAGCUUCCUCCUCCACCGCCAUCGCCCCCUCCGCUCACUUCACCCUCUCCUCCCCCUCCCCCGCCUCCUUUUGAAGAUGACCCCGAUGACACUAUGCCUUCAGUUGAUGACCACUACACAUACGAUGACAGCAGACUGUACCAACCUGACCAUGACCUUCACCUAGAGUUCUCUGGUUUGAAAACUAACGGGGACAUUAUGAAGAAUGGCCUCAGUGAAACCUCCAUAAACAAUGGCCUUCCUGAUAUUGAUAGUGGGACUGUCACAACAAUAAAUGGACUGCCACCACCUCAAGAUGAAGCUCCGGCUAUUCCAAGUAAAAAGGGACGCCAGGUGGUCAGCAGCUCGUUUUCCCAUGAGGAUUCCAUGCAGGAUGUGGAUGCUGCAGAGCUGUCUUUUAACCUGAGUGGUGGCAUCACCACUCCAGCAGACUUGAGUGAUAUGACAGAAGCCCAAAGAUCCUCAUCAAAAAGUGGGCGAGCAGUUUCUGAAGGCAGUAUCUUGUCAGCUCAGGAUAGAGAGGAGGAACAGAACAAAAAGUCAAGGCAAAGACCCACUGACACUGCCUAUUAUAUUGCUAAAGAAUUGCUGAUGACAGAAAGAACUUACAAAAAAGAUCUUGAAGUUCUGUGUGUGUGGUUCCGUAAUGCUGUCAGUUGUGACCCUGCCAUUCUGAACUCUAUGAAUGAGAUUUUGUUUCACUAUUUCGACCCCAUCUACAAUUUUCAUCAUGGCUACCUGAAGGAAGUAGAACAGCGGCUAGCAGCAUGGGAAGGCAAGAUUCAGCCACAAUUGAAUGGAGAUAAUCAGAGGAUUGGAGAUCUCUUGCUCAAAGUUGUCAACAACAGUCAGGAGAUCUAUGAAGAGUACUUCAAACACUUGGAAGAAAUUCUCACUGAGAUAGACAUUAUGGUGAAAAAGCAAAGGCCCUUUGAAGAGAUUUGCCGAGGUUUUGAGAGCCAAAAAGUGUGUUACCUCCCCUUAAACACAUUUUUCCUUCGCCCUGGACAGCGUCUGUCGCAUUUGAAGCUCAUUCUUGAACGUCUAGUCAAAUAUUACCCUUUCACCAACAAUGACACAGAAGACUGUAAAGAAGCUUUGUGUCGUAUCACUGAAAUAACCAAUGAAUUCAGAGAUCAGUUCAGAAAAAUGGAGAAUCUGGAGAAAUUGAUGGAAUUACAAAGAGAUCUUCUAGGAUUGGAGAAUCUAGUCCAUAAAGAUAGGGAGUUUCUCCGAGAAGGUUGUCUGCAAAAAUUUUCUAGGAAAGGUUAUCAGCAACGAAUGUUUUUCUUGUUUUCUGACAUGUUGGUGUACACGUCAAGGACAUCAGCAUCACUACUGCAGUUCAAAGUUCAUGGCCAGUUGCCCUUGAGAGGGAUGACAGUAGAGGAGACAGACCAGAGCAAGUCUGCGGUGCAAAACAGUUUUGCUAUAUAUGCAGGGAACAAAUACAUUCUUGUGGCAGCAAGUUCUCAAGAAGAGAAAGAUAAAUGGAUAGAAGAUAUCAAUGAAGCUGUGAUCAGAGUCAAGGGAAUUGGUGCAGAUAAGUUACAGUAUCCCAGCCUCAAGUCUAGUGCUAGUUCAAGUGAAAACGUGGGCAGUGGAGACAAUGUUGAUAACCAGAACUCCCCACAAGAGAAGCUCCUCCAGCACAGGGCCAACACCACCAUGCACGUCUGCUGGCACCGCAACACCAGUGUCAGUUUCAGGGAUCAUGACAGGGCUUUAAAGAACCAACUGAGUGGCUAUUUGUUGAGGAAGUUUAAGACAAGCAAUGGCUGGCAGAAACUCUGGGUGGUCUUUACCAAUUUCUGUUUGUUUUUCUACAAGACUUACCAGGAUGAUUACCCCUUGGCCAGUCUCCCACUGCUGGGCUAUGCAGUCAAUGUUCCAGAGGAAGAAGAUAGCAUUAGCAAGGACCAUGUGUUCAAACUUCAGUUCAAAAAUCAUGUCUAUUUCUUUAGGGCUGAAAGUGAAUACACUUUCUCCAGGUGGAUGGAAGUCAUUAAUUCUGCAACACAUAAUGCCAGGCGCAUCCGCCUUUUUAGUCGAUUGGACAGCCGGUUAGAAAGUAGCUAGCGCCCCUGCGUUGGAAUUGUAUUCUUUCUCUAAGGCUCUUGCCAUCUUUCCUCAUUCUUUGUUGGUAUCAUGUAACAGACUCUCUAAGUUAAUUCAUGUGUGAGUGUGUGUGUACACCAGAGUUACGGAGAGUGAGUCUUGUAGAAGGUCUGUUGUAGUUAGAUGUGUGGUAGGGGGGAAGGAGAAUGGUGUGUAUCACAUCUUGUAAAUAGAUUCUAUAUUGCAUACACAGAUUUUUACAAGUUAGUUUCAGUUGUUUGUUUACUUCCUAUUUAUUCACUCUUAGUUUUUGUUGUGUUCAUGUUAAAAGAUUGAUUCAAGUUGUGUCACUUUUGUUGUGAUCACUGUACAAAGUUUGAGUUGUGCUAAUAUUAUAUAGCGGCUAUCUUUAGUACCAAGUUUUGGUUGUGCUAAUAUUAUAUAGCGGCUAUUUCCUAACUUAUUGCCUGGUUGGAACAAAUGUUUAGAACUGAAGCCAAAUAUUUUUUUUUGAAAUUUUUAAAACUUGUUUUGUGUUUACAGAUUUUAUCAUUAUUUUUUUAAUAUGUUAAGUGAUUGUUUAUUUUUUUAUUUUUUUUUUGCUCUUAAGGUAUAUUUAAAUUUAUGCAAAUUUUGUGUAUGCUGUAAUUUAUUCUAGAAAUUAAAGCAAUUUAAUUGUUCACAAAUGUACAUCAACUCUAGGAUCAGUUGUUAUUUGAUUGAUUAAUGUCUGGAGAAGAGUUUGAACACAAGAUAGGACAUUUUACUUUUCAGAAUAAAUUUUCUUUCUUUUAACUGUAAUUUUUGUAAUUGUAUUAUACAGGAAUUACUUCUUCAUUGUUUUCUAUUCUCUUUUUAUUUUAGUUCAUUGCUUGGUCCUGGACACUAGUUAUCUAGGACAUUAGAGUUUUUGUUUUUGUUGUUUGUUUUCACAUUGUUUAAAGAAAUAAACAAAAAGGGAUUUAUAUCUGGACCAACUUUGGGCUACUACAGCUCAACAGGGUAUCUUUUUGCUGACUCCUUGUUCGGACACAAUAAAAGCAUUGAACACAUGGGUGAGACUUAUCUCCCCUGAUUUUCAGUUGAACUAAGAGAUAACAAAAGUAUGUAAUUAGAGUCUGGUGAUGAAAUAGAAUCUAGGGUUAUAUCUGCAAAACAUUGAGACCAUAAAGUCAAUGCUUGUAAACUGAAAUGUGUGCCAGUCUUGACAGUCUUGUCUUGGUGAACACAUGACCAGUCACAGAGUGAAACAAAUGUAAGUUUCCGAAGUAAAUCAAGGUAUGUUAUUAUAUUCUAUAUCUUCAGUGGCAUCACUAGGAUUGGUGUCAGCCAACUCUCAUGUGACUCCAUUGAUUCUUUCUUUCUUGUUUGGUUUGCUUGUUGCCUUGUUACUAGAUAGAUCUACACAGUAAAGCAUUAUUUGUUUUUUUUUUAAUUACAAGCUACUGAGUUUUGUUUUAAUUGAGUGUUAAAACAAUGAUGCCCAGCCUGUGGUGCUGUCUGCCCUUUGGUGCUGUCUGGCCUGUGGCACUGUCCGGCCUGUCAAACCUUCUGCCCAGAGUGCAUAAUGAAGAGGCAAAGGCUCAGUUCCACUGAACCUGACAAAUAUUGUUUGAUACAGCCUUUGACAGACAUACAGGGGAAAUUAUUUGGCCCUCGGGUCAAAGUGUUUGGGUACCAAUGAAAUUGUGUGUUUGUUGACAUGAUCAUUUCCUAUCAGUAAUUCAAGGCCAUUACAGAAAUGUUUUUGUGGAGAGAAUGAUAUGUUUUUGUCCCAUGAGAAAUCUGUACUAACACUUGUUGUUGUUGGUUCAACUUGUCAGAAUGUUGACUUUAAUACAAAUGAAUAGAUUUUUAAAUAGUUGUUCAUGAUUCUUAUGUUGUUAGGGGACAUAACCCUUCAAGUGGAACAUGCCAGGGUAGUAUAUUGUAAGGAAUGAGUCUAGUUGUUUUUCUACAGUCAGAUAAAAUGAAUCUGCAUCUUUUGGGAUUUGGCAAUGAUUGCUACAAGUGUUAAAUAGAUUUUUAAAAAAACAACACUUUUUUAAUCAACCAAAUUCUAAAAAAAAUUAAAAAAUGUGUAUGCUAGAAAUUCUAUGCAGGGUGUUGUAGAUGAACUGUUCUGUUGCUGGUAGCUUCCCUGACUAAGCUACGGAAGCUUCAUCAUGAUUUGGUGUUUUAAAACUGGUUGAUCAAAUUGUUUCAUGUUUUUUAUCAUUAGGUAACAAAUUAUGCAAAACAAAUGAAUUGUUUGUUUCUUUGUGUGUGUCUGGUCUUCAUGUGAUUGUGUUGACUCAGACAUGAUAGUGUUUCUCUUGUAUAGUUAACCUUGACAUUGGCCUAUCAAUUUUUGUAUCCCUUUAUCUUUUUUUCCCUUCCUAUUUCCCUGACAAAAUAUUUACCCAACUAAAACUAGACAGUACACUCAGGUGUGUGAUCUUUUGCACACUCAAUCAGUUUUGUUUUUUUAGAUUGUGACCUCUGACCUGUAGCUACAGCAAGAAGAAUGUCCACCCACACAUGAACUGUACAGACAUAUGCAAGUACACACACACAUUAUGCAUGGUCCCUCUCACCCACUUUCCCUACCUUCUAGUUCUUAUCACACAUCUUAGCUCCCCUGAAAAAUAUUCCUGCUAGCUGAACCAGCAGGUUUUACUUGAUUUUGUUGACAAUUUAUUUUUAAAUGCUGACUUGAUUUUUAUUUUUUUAUUUUUUUUUUUUAAUGAUUCAAUUUUCAUUGUUUAGGUUUAGUUUUGAAUUUGAAAUAAUUUUAUUGUAUGUCAAGAUUUGGAAUAUCUGGAAGUGUGUAUAACUGGAACAGAAAUGACAGAAAAAUAAAUUAACAUUUUGACUACA